AUGUCGAACACAAUCGCUCUCUAUCCUCUCUCGAACUUCACGUUCAGCACUAAAGAAGCUCAACCGGAAGAAGACCCAUCUGUUUCAGCGCGUCUACAGCGCCUGCAGAACAACUAUGAAGACUUCGGUAUGCGUCGCACGGUCGAAGGGAUCCUCGUUGUACAUGACCAUGGACAUCCACACAUUCUCAUGCUCCAAAUUGCCAAUGCGUUCUUCAAGCUUCCGGGAGACUACCUGAAGCCUGGUGAAGAUGAGAUCGAAGGCCUGAAGCGUAGGCUAGAUGACCGCCUGGCCCCGCCGACCGAGUCGCGUCAGUUCAACGCGUCCCAUGGCGUCGACAACGACUGGGAGAUUGGUGACUGCCUCGCCCAGUGGUGGCGCCCCAAUUUUGAGACGUUCAUGUACCCCUUUGUCCCCGCACAUAUCACGAAGCCUAAGGAGUGUAAAAAACUCUUCCUUGUUCAGAUGCCUGAGCGCAAAGUGCUCGCGGUCCCAAAAAAUAUGAAGUUGCUUGCGAUCCCGCUCUUUGAACUCUACGACAAUGCCGCACGCUAUGGCCCUCAACUCUCCGCUAUUCCGCAUCUGCUGUCUCGGUAUAAUUUUAUUUAUCAAUGA